AUGGCAUUAGGAAAAUUGAAGGCAAAAUCGCUGCAAAGUAGCUCCUCUAGUGUUCUCACGAAAGAUGGAGCCACCGGGUCGCACGAAGAAGUGUUAGACACGGACGAUGUGGAUGAAAAUGAUGAGUCAGGCCAAAACAUUCUGUUGAACAUCAUUUCCCAAUUAAAACCAGGCUGUGAUUUGUCAAGAAUAACUUUGCCUACGUUUAUUCUCGAAAAGAAGUCAAUGCUUGAGAGAAUAACAAAUCAACUACAAUUUCCGGACAUAGUUAUGGAUGCACAUAGAGAGCACGACGAUUUACAGAGGUUUGUGAAGGUUGUUAAAUGGUAUUUGGCCGGUUGGCAUAUUGCUCCCAAGGCUGUGAAAAAACCUUUGAACCCUGUUUUAGGAGAGCACUUCACUUGUUAUUGGGAUUUACCUAAUAAGCAACAGGCCUUCUAUAUUGCCGAACAGACAAGUCACCACCCUCCAGAGUCGGCUUAUUUUUAUAUGAUUCCAGAAUCCUCAAUAAGGGUAGAUGGUGUGUGCAUACCAAAAUCCAGAUUUUUAGGCAAUUCGACCGCCGCUAUGAUGGCAGGUUUAACAGUCCUGCAGUUCCUCGAUAUAAUGGACUCCAAGAAUAAACCAGAAAAGUAUACCCUAUCUCAGCCAAAUAUGUACGCUAGAGGAAUAUUAUUCGGAAAGAUGAGAAUUGAACUUGGAGACCAUAUGAUCAUUAAAGGGCCAAAGUUUCAGGUGGAUGUUGAGUUCAAAACGAAAGGUUUUAUUUCCGGAACAUAUGAUGCAAUUUCAGGUACUAUUAAAGAUUAUGAAGGCAAGGAAUAUUAUGAAAUCAGCGGGAAAUGGAAUGAUGUUAUGUAUAUUAAAGACCUCAGGGAUAAAUGUUUCAAAAAAACUAUUCUUUUCGACACAAGCAAGGCAACCGUGAGCAAACCAAAAGUCCGUCCAUUGUCUGAACAAGGAGAAUACGAGUCAAGGAGAUUGUGGAAGAAGGUCACAGAUGCGUUAGCCAUGCGUGAUCAUGAAGUUGCCACAGAGGAAAAGUUCAAGAUAGAGAAUCAUCAGAGGGAGCUUGCAAAGAAAAGACUUGAGGAUGGGGUUGAGUUCCAUUCAAAGCUUUUCAAGAGAGCUGGUCCUCAUGAGGAUUUGGAUUUGGAUUAUUACUUAUAUAAAAAAAUACCAGGCGGAAACAACCAUGAAGAGCAGAUCAAAAGUAUUCUAGAAAUAGCCCCCAUCCUACCAGGUCAAAAAUUCACGGAGAAAUUUCAGAUCCCCGCAUAUAAAAAGCAGGAGAUACAGGAAAAGGUACUUACCCAGAAUUCGAAGAGCUAG